UCUCUCCUGUGUAACAUACAUAAUCCAUGAAACAACCACCAUAACCAUCGAUGUUAUCCAAGAUAGACACGCCCACCACGUCAGCAUCCCUGUGAUGAAGCCAUAUGAUGAUGAUGAGGGUGAUGACGUCACUGUCACGGACAGUUUGGCUCUUUUAAACUUCAGCGGCUAAUAACCGGAUCCUCUUCCUGCAGGCGUGGCGCCCUCGGGUCGACACUAACCUGACCCUUCACCCCGGCCCUCCGCUCCGUGCUCGGGCACGUGUCUGGCGCGGUCCGGAUCCUCGCGCUCCGCUCCGGGACUUCCAGGUCUGCUGACAGAGCCGCUUCACCAGAGCAGUCCUCCAGCUGAUCCCUCCGCGGGGUCAGACACACUUUUUACACAACACAAACAAAUAAUCCCGGUGCCCGCGUGGAGGCUCGCACACCGGCACUUUUCACAGGCCGACCCUCGGUGCACGCCGCCCGUGUCCGGGUCUGACGGGAGCGUGCGGCCCGGUGAGGCGGGACGUGUUUUGCGGGACCUACUUCCUCUGCUGGCGCUGACAGGCGGUGCUUCGGUCGCUCCCAAACAUGGCCUCCGUGACGGAGCGACCGCUUCAACUUUAAUUUUUCGCCAGUUUUCGGAGUAAAAACCGCGCUUUUCCCUUCGUGCUCCACCGGGAAUGUUCCGCCGGAGACCCGGCCGUGCCAGGCGUGUCAAACGGAGGCUGAGGUUGGCAGAAGUUUGCUGUUGGCUUUGAAGUCGUCGCUCUAAGUUGGCUGAAAGCUGGAGAGGAAAAAGAGAAUUGCAUCGAAUCAAAUGCCAUCUGAGGCUCAGCCUCAGGAGCCUCGGGACAGAGGGCCACCCCCUCCCGUCACUCGGGCCGGCCGCAGCGCUCAGCUGGCCAAGGCCGCCGUUUCUAGCCCCGCCCCUGAGAGGCGGCCCCGUGGGCGACCGCGGAAAGAUGGGAGCAGCGGGCGCCCUGGACCUCCUGCCCCGCCUCCUCCACCACCUCCUCCUGCCCCUCCGCCCCCCAAAUCAAGAAAGAAGGGGCGGAGCCGAGGACGAGCUCAGGUAGAGGAUGAAGAGAGCAUGGACGCCACAGAGAAGAAGCCCCCCCAGAAGACAGAAGUGAAGGAGAAGACCACACGACGGCAGCGCUCCACCUCCAGGAGAAAAUCCAAAACAAGCUCUGAACCGGCCCAGGACCAGCUCAGUCCAGAUCCUGAUCCUGAUCCGGAUCCAGGACCGGGGCCCACCGACCCUGAGCCGGCUCCCAGUGCUGAGGAGGAGGAGGGGGAGGCGGAGGACAGACUCGAGUCUGAGGCUCCGCCCCUAGCCUCUAGCCCUCUUCUCCCCCCCUCCAGCCCCCCACCCCAAUCCCAUCAUCCUGUUCCUGAUCCUGUGGAGGAAGACCGGCCCAGUCCGAGUCACAGUCCCACCCCUACGGAUGUGGACUACAGCCUGAUUCCCAUAGAAGCAGAGGAGGCCGGCCCCGUGGAGCAGAGUCCGGCCGUCAGCUCCCACUCCAGUCCUCCGGUGUCCCCCUGUCUGCGGUCGGAGGACGAGGACUCGCUGUCCCCGCUGUUCCAGCGGUCUCUGUCGGAGGACUCCGAGGACUCGCCCACCCCUAGCCUGGGACACACCAAAAAAAGGCUGAAGCAGUGUGCCUUCUGUUACCACGGCGACGAGCCUCCUCUGGGCCAGGGCCGGCUGGUGGUAUUUGGCCCGACGCCCGGCUACAUCCCGCUCCACAUCCUCAAUCGCCGCACCUCCUCCGACCGAGACAACGACUGCCACGACCACUGCUACCGUGGCCGCCAAGCCCCGCCCACGUGCUGCAGUCCAGAACAGUGUGAGUCUUCCUCAGAGUUCCUUAAGCAGCUCGGACCCAUCGGCCUUCCUCAUGACAUCAACGUCCAGUCACUGUUUGACCCCACAGGUCAGUGCUGUGCUCACCUGCAGUGUGCCACUUGGUCAGAGGGGGUGUGUCGAGGCGAGGGCCAGUCACUGCUCUACGUGGACAAAGCCAUCGACUCAGGAAGCACACAGGUGUGUGUGUUCUGCCGGCGGCUCGGAGCCUCGCUGCGUUGUCAGGAGACAGACUGUGGGCGGUGCUACCACUUCCCCUGCGCUGCUGCUGCCGGAGCCCAUCUGGACUGGAACCAGAGACGCACACUGUGUACAAGACACGCAGGGUCCUCGCCACCCUGUGCUCUGUGCUCUGGCGGCGGUGAGCUUGGCAGCCUGUUAAUGUGCUGUUGUUGUGGUAACCGUUACCAUGGCAGCUGCGUGGACCCCUCUGUAGCCCCCUCCCCUUUCUGCCGGGCCGGCUGGCAGUGUCCUCGGUGUCGAGUGUGUCAGAGCUGCAGGCUGCGAGACGAUGAAGCUGCGUUAUUGGUGUGUGAGCGCUGCGAUAAAGCCUACCACACACACUGUCUGACACCACCUCUGGAUCACACGCCGAGCACCAGCUGGAGCUGCAAGAACUGCAGAGUCUGCCGCCGCUGUGGUGUCAGGUCAUCAGGCCAGUGGGCCAAUCACCCGUUUCUGUGUGAGUCGUGUGACCCAGCAUUGCCCUGCCUUCUCUGUGGCCACGCCCCCGACCUCUACACACCACAGGACUGUGUGACCUGUAUCUGCUGCUAUAGGUUUGUCCAUGCAGACUGCAUCAUCCAGGCUGGGGAGGGGAAGGUGGGGUCGGAAGCUUACAUCUGCUCCACAUGCAGACCUCAACAGGAUGAGCCAAACCCACACAGUCCCACAUUGGCAUCAGCUCCCGCCCUUAGCUCCUCACAGACUCCACCCAGUAGCAUUCCACAGCCAUCAGUUUCAACGUGCACAGAGGCUCCACCGGCCAGUCCUGUUGGUCAGCUCGUCCCUGAGGAGCCACCACAGAGAACAACAAAGUCCAUCAGUGCACCAUCACCACCAAGUCUUACGUCAUCUCACCCUGAUCCCAUUGAGCUCCAACAGAAUCCUACACCAUCUCACACUGACUCCCAGGAGCUCCUGAAUAAUCCACUGUCAGUUCUUCCUCAGUCUACAGGGCUCCGACAGAGUUCUACAACAUCUCACCCUGAAGCCAGUGAACCCCAACAGAGUCCUCUACCAUCUCAUCCUGAGGGUAUGGAGACACAACAGAGUCCUCCGCCAGUUCUCCCUGAGUCCACAGAGCUCCAACAGAAUCCUCCAUCAGUUCUCCUAGAGUCUACAGAGCUCCAAGGAAGUUCUGUAAUGUCUCACCCUGAAGCCAUGGAGAGAUUAAAGAGUCCUCCAUCCGAUCUCCAUGAAUCCACAGAGCUCCAACAAAGUUCUCCACCAGUUCUCCCUGAAUCCACAGAGCUCCAACAAAAUUCUCCACCAGUUCUCCCUGAAUCCACAGAGCUCCAAGGAAGUUCUGUAACAUCUCAUCCUGACGCCAUGGAGAGAUUAAAGAGUCCUCCAUCCGAUCUCCCUGAACCCGCAGAGCUCCAACAAAGUCCUCCAUCGGGUCUCUUUGAGUCCACAAAGCUCCAAGAAAGUCCAGAAACUUCUCACCCUGAAGCCACGGAGCUCAGACAGAUUUCUCCAUCAGAUCUUCCCGAGUCCACAGAGCUCCAAGAAAGUUCUGUAUCAUCUCAGCCUGAAGCCACGGCGCUCCAACAGAGUCCUCCACCAAUUAUCCAAAAGUCCACAGAACUCCAAGAAAGUCUGUUAUGUCAGCCUGAUUCUGCCAAGCUCCCAGAAACUCCCAAAGUUCUCCCACAAAGUGAAUGGAGCAUGGAGUUGGAACAAAGCCCUUCACAAUGUCAAACUGAUCCCACAGAGCUCCAACAAAGUCCUCCACCAUCUCACCCGAAUCCUUUGGCAGUCCAGCAAAGUUCCUCACCAGCUCUUACAGAGCUCCCUCCUUCUGCAGAGCUCCAACAGAGUUCUUUACCAUCUAGCCCUGUUCUCAAGGACCUUCAGCAAAGUCCUGCAUCAUCUCCCAUGGAGCUCCAACAAAGUUCCUCGCCUACUCCUGUAGAACACCAACAAUUUUCUGCAUCCUCUCCCAAAGAACUCCCAGACAGUCCUGCACCAUCUCACCCUCUUUCCACAGAGCUGCAGCGAAGCCCUCAACCAUCUCCCAAAGAGCUCCCAUCUCAACUUGUUUCCAUGGAGCUUCAACCAAAUUCCUUACAAAUGCUUGAAGAACUCCAAAAUCCUGCACCAUCAUGCCCUGAUUCCACAGAGCUCCAGCAAAACCCUCCACCAUCUCCCAAAGAGCUCCCACCUCAGCCUAUUUCCACGGAGCUUCAACCAAAUUCCUUACAAAUGCUUGAACUCCGAAGUCCUGCACCAUCUGAAAAUGCAGAGCUUCAACAAGGUCAUCCAUCAUCUCCCAUAGAACAAAGUUCCUCACCACCUUCAGCAGAGCUCCAGCACAUUCUUGUGCUGUCUCACACUGAUUCCACAGAGCUCCCACAGAAUGCACCAUCUCCCAAAGAACUACUGUCAAGUCCUGCACAAUCUCACACUGAUCCUUUGGCGCUUCUAAAAAGUCCGGCACCUUUAACUGCACAUACCCCACAAAGUCCUCGACCAUCUGUCAUGGAGCUCCCACAGAGUCCUGUAAUUUUCCAUCCUGAUCCCAUGGAGCCCCAACAAAAUGUUGUACCUUUGACUGCACCUUCUAUCAUACAAUUCGAGCCAUCUCCCUCUUGUCAAACAGCAUCCCAUGGUAAUCAAGAAGAGCUCCAUCCUGAUGCAGCCCAUGAAAGUUACUCAGCAUCCCACUUGGAUUCCACAGAUGACCAGAAAAACUGGAACCCAUUACACCUUCAGCAGAGUCCUGCACAGUCUCACUAUAAUCUGGCAGAACUUGUGGAAAGUACUGAGCAGAAUUCCACAGAGGAUCAGCUUAUGGACACAGAAUCUCAGCAGAGUCCAGUACAGGGUGGUCCCACUGCUUUUACCCUUGCACAUUCUCUACACAGCCCUUCAGCUCACAGUCCUAUCAAGUCAGGGCCAACUCCUCCCAGGGUGGAGCUGAGGACAGAGGAGCCUCGGCGCAGCCUUCCACCACACAGUCCUGCACAGGACAAUGCUAUGCAGCUCAGUGGAUCAUGUAGUCAGGAGAACAUUGUCAUCUCACAGCCUCAGCAGAGUGCUCUACAAAUGGACUGUAGUCCUAUGCCACAUAGUCCUGUGCAAGUUGGCAUAUCACGUCCUUGGAACCCCUCACAGGACACUGAAUCUACACUGGACCAGGAGAGCCCUGGAUUGAGCAGCCCUACUCUGCAGUAUGGGGCUGCACAGGACACGUCUACACUGGACCAGGACCUCUCAUCGCCAGCAAGAUACGCCUCAGCUCCAUGUAGCCCAUCGUCACCACCACUCAGACCUAGACGGCGUAGUCUGUCCCAACCUGCCAGCCCUGCUCAGGCUCUCAGGUCUUCACAGCUUAGCUUACAUACUUUAGAACUUGCUGCACAUUCAACAGUCACACAGAAGUCCACCCAUGCCACACAACCUGUCUCCUUGAAACAUUGCCCUUUGCAAAAGAGUUCUAACCCUGAUGGCCAAACACUGGAAAAUAACCCUCCUCCCCUAAACCCCACCUCUGGCCUGGCCACAGUGCCCCCUGAAAGUAGCACGCUCAGUCCCGAUCAUUCCAGUCCCCCUCAUGUCCCAGAUUUCCAGACACCAGAAAGCCUUUUUCACAUUAGCACUUCAGCCAAACACAGUAGCCUAGCUUGUUCACCUUGUGCUGGUGAAAUGGAGGAAGCUCCUCCCCCAGCUAGCCAAAUUCAUCAGAAUCCUCACAACACCCCAUCACUCUGCAUGGAAGUUGUGGAGGGAGCUAGCCCCACACAUAUCCAGGCCAGCCCAGCUUGUGCUAGCUCCACUCAUGCUUACCAGAUGCCUACAAGCCCAACCAUGUGUCUUGAAGGCCAUCCUAGCCCUGUGCCAGGGGAGAGUAGCCCAUCAGCAGCGCUGGCUGGACUCAUCUACCUUGUUUCCUGUCAGGAUGAGGAGAUGCAGGUAGCUACCAUCCAGCCAAGUAAUGGUGUUCAGUCAGAACAUAGUCCCAGUCAACCAGACAGUCCUCAGCCUGACCUUGCUUACUCAGAAGCCACCGGUGGCAUUAUUUUGUCAGGUCACCAGCAUGCUCAGGAGACAGAAAGUCCCCCUGGUCAGUCAAGUCGGCCACAUAUCCAGAUUUCCUUCAGUACUUCACACCUGGCUGCAGUACAGCCGUCAAGCCCUCGACCAGCUUCUGGUAGUUCAAGUCCUCCACACUGUACACUGAGUGAUACCGGCCCAGAGAGGAGUCCUAUUAGUGCUGAAACAUAUCCCUGCUCUGCUAGUGUAGCUGAUGUUCACACCAGUCAUAGCCCAGUUAGUCCUGCUGGUCAGGCUAGUCCUGCUCAUGUAGUAGUAGCUCACUCAGGCCCAGUGCAGACAAAAACUUCCUCAUUAGCUAGCACAACUCACAGCAGCCCUGCACAUGCUGCUUUUGCCAGUGUUAGCCCACCUCACAGUCCAGCUCCUGACACUGAAAGUAGUACUAGCCUUACUGGGGCAUCACUGAGCCCCACUAGUCCUGAUGUGGACACAGUUGCUCUUUCCGGUGGGGCUCAGCCUGAUAUUGGUGCUGAUGAACCUGCAGACUGUGUCAAACAAACAAGUCCUGCUGCCUCUGUACCCGACGACUCAGCUGCUGUUAGCCCCAGCCAGACUAGUCAGAACCAAGUCAGCCAGUCCCCAGCUGGUACUGCAGUGAUCCCCAAAGAAAACCACCAAUGCACUGCCUCGCCAAGCUCCCUGUAUCAAAGCCCACUCAUCCCCACUGAUGCUACUUACACUCAGGCCAGUCUGAGUCCUGCUAGCCCUGUCCAUGCUAGUCCCACUCAGGAUAACACUGCGAUGCCUAGCUCAACCUCUCCCAGUGAGGCACCUCUUAGUCCCACAUGCCCCGCCCCCUCACAGAUAGAUCCAGGUUUUAAACAGAUCACCACAAGUCCAGGCCCCAUGAGUCCUGUGCAGGCGGAGCCUGGUCCCGGUCCCAAGAGUCCUGUGCAGGCGGAGCCUGGUCCAUGUCCCGAGAGUCCUGUGCAGGCGGAGCCUGGUGUCAGACCUGCUUCUGCCAGCCCAUUCCACUGUGAAGCCAGUCCUGCUUGUGAUUCAGUUAACCCUGCUCCCUCAAUAACCAGCGCAAGUCCUGGUCCUGCUAGUCCCGUGAAGCCAGAACAAGGUCCUGGACCUGAAGGGAUGUCUGAUGGCACCAUGGACACGCUGAGCACAGAGGAGCAGCAGAAGAAGACUGACGAAGAGCAGCAGGAGGAGCAGCCUGAACACACAUCACAGGAGAGCCUAGCGGAGGAGAAGCCUGUGGAGAGGAGCGAGGGAGGAGAAGAACAAAACCUGAAGGGCCUGCCCAGUUGCUCCAGCUGUCCUAAAGGAGUCCAGGAGACUCAGUGCCCCGCCUCCCCCAUUCCCACGCAGCAACCUGUGUCCUUCCCUUUGCCCUCAUCACCUCCAUCUGUGGGAGCCAGCUCCCUGGAGGUCUCCCCCCAUUGUCACUCCCAGCCCACCGUUGUAGAGGGCCUCCCACAGGAGGAAAAGCCUCCCAGUGACUUUGGAACUAUGGUGGGGCAAAAAGACCAAUCACCUCUUUGUCACAUGACAUCAGAGUGUGAUGGGGGUCAGUCACAGAGCCUAUAUGAACCUGUUGCUUUGGUAACAGAACCCACCAAAGACGAGCACCAAUCACAAGCUGAGCCUUCACAGGAGGAGGAGGAGGAGGAGCUUUCUGAAACAGUUCAGCCGUCAGACGGUCAGCCAAUCACUGAGGAGCACUCAGACAUGGAGGAGGAGCCAGUGAGCCCCGUGCUAGACUUGGACCCCUCUUUAGACAGAGAGGUGAUGGAGCUGAUGACAUCAUCGCCUCCCCCAUCCCUCCUGCACCUGUCCUCACCAUCCUCAUCGCCACUCCUGCACAGAGGGAAGGGUCGCACCCUGAGGCCUCCUCCCUGCUGCCCCCGGCUGUCUGAUGACCUCUCCAUCCGCCUCAGACAGUCUCCCUUCUCCACUGAGGCCUCCCCAGAGACCUCCCCUGCAAGAGUGCCCAUCACGCCGCCGCCGCUCACCCCACCUUCGCCUUCUCUCAGGACUUCCCCCCCAGCUAGAGAGUGUCCACCUCUCUCUAAGGCUCCUCCCACCACUGUGCUCCCCCUCACCCCAAAAAUCGGCAUGGGGAAGCCUGCCAUUUCUAAGAGGAAGUUCUCUCCUGGCAGAGCCCGGGUGAAACAGGGCACGUGUUGGAGUAGUCGCAGGGCGGUCAGCCCCCUCUCGUCCUCCCAGGAUUCCACAGGGGAGGGAGGGUGGGACAGCCCUAAGCCCCGCCUGCAGGACUCCCCGCUCUGGAGCAUGAGAGUGGGUCGUGGUUCUGGGUUCCCGGGCAGGAGGAGGUCCAGAGGAGGCGGCAUCGGAGGAAGAGGAGGGAGAGGAAGAAGCCGACUGAAGACUCAGGACAGCGUGACUGUGUCACCGGGAGCUGGGUAUGUGGAGGUGUUCACAGCAAAGGAGGACGAGGACAACUCGAUGCACAACACCGUGGUGAUGUUCUCCACAUCGGACCACUUCACCCUCAGACAGGACAUGUGUGUGGUGUGUGGCAGUUUCGGGCAGGGCGCUGAAGGUCGGCUGUUGGCGUGCUCUCAGUGUGGACAGUGUUACCAUCCUUACUGCGUCAACGUAAAGAUCACUCGGGUGAUUCUGACCAAAGGGUGGCGCUGUUUGGAGUGCACGGUGUGCGAAGCAUGUGGUGAGGCCAGCGAUCCCGGGCGACUGUUGCUAUGUGACGACUGCGAUAUCAGUUACCAUACCUACUGCCUGGACCCGCCCCUCCUCACGGUGCCUAAAGGAGCCUGGAAGUGCAAAUGGUGUGUGUGGUGCGUGCAGUGUGGCUCCGCCUCUCCUGGGCUGCGCUGCGAGUGGCAGAGUAACUACAGCCUGUGCGGGCCGUGCUGCAGCCUGAGCCGCUGUCCCGUCUGCCAGCGAGCGUACCUGCAGGAUGACCUCAUCCUGCAGUGCCAGCAGUGCGACAGGUGGGUCCACGCUGUGUGUCAGGGUCUGACCACUGAGGAGGACGUGGAGGUCGCUGCUGACGAAGGAUUUGACUGUUCACUGUGCAGGACGCACGGACGCAGCCCCUACGGGAGGACGGAGUCGUUGGCGCCCUUCAUGGCUCAGAUCGUCUCCAGGAUCAGGGAACCCGACUCAAAGACGUACACUCAGGACGGGGUCUGCCUGACCGAGUCGGGCCUGUCUCACCUGCAGUCUCUGGUUGAACCUCUGACGUCACCGCGCAGGUGGCGCAGGUGUAAACCCAAACUGAAGCUGAGAAUCAUCAACCAGAACAGCGUGUCCGUCCUGCAAACCCCGGUGGACGCCGACCCCGCUGAGCCGGACCACGGCAGAGCUCUUCUCGACUGCGAGAUGAAAUCUGACUCCAGCCCCGAACGAGAUCAUGUUCAAGACGAUGACAUCACCAAGGAGCCCGAUGUCGCUGACAGCAACAAGAAGAAGAAACGAAAACCCUACAGGCCAGGUAUUGGUGGGUUCAUGGUGCGUCAGCGUGGCGCCAAGGCAGGGGCGGGGCCAAGCCGCAUCAAGCUGUGCAGGAAGGAUUCGACGGAGAUGCUGCCAGGCCGGGAUGAAGGUGAGACGCCUGUCGCCUGUGGACACACCCACCUUUUACCCACUGCUGCAGUCAGAAACAAACUCUGUGUUUUGAUUGCAGACGUUGCCAUGGAGAUGGCGCCCACAAUCACUGACCAGACGUCAGAGAAGUCGAAGAAGAGGUACAGGAAGAAGAAAACGAAGCUGGAGGAGACCUUUCCCUCUUACCUGCAGGAGGCAUUUUUUGGUCGAGAUCUUCUCGAUCGGAGCCGACAGGUGGACAGGGGGGUGGGGCCGGAAGCAGCAGCCAUUAGUCAAUCAAGACCAGCAACAGGUAACCUGAAAGGCCCAACUCCUGGAUUUCAGGCCCCUCCCCUCUCUGGCGCCAGCAGGAAGGCAGCAGCGCUGCCCGGGUCGGAUGGCGGUCUUGUGGAUCUGUCUGACGUCCUGAACACCGACCCUCACAUCCUCGCCACCGGACACCCAGGUCAGUUCCAGGUGGAGUGCUCCCCGUCUCCAUUUGCAGGUCUGGACAUCAGCUCUGUGGCAGAUGACGCCUCUUUGACUUCUGAGCCAACAGGAAGCGGUGGGCGUGUCCAGAGGGCGAUGCAGGAAGAGCCUCUGGACGCCAUCUUGAGUCCUGAGCUUGAUAAGAUGGUCACUGAUGGCGCCAUCCUCAGCAAGCUCUACAAGAUCCCAGAGUUGGAGGGAAAGGACGUGGAGGAGGUGUUCACUGCUGUUCUCAGUCCAGACAGCAGCAACAGCCAAUCAGAGCAGAGUCAGCACACACAUGCUGCCGCUGGGAGCAAGACGCACAACACAGGUGCCGCGCCGUUUCCUCGCCUCCCGCUGAUGAACGGCCUCUCACCAGCUGCUCCUCCCAUGAUGCCCGGUGUCCAGGGUCCAGUCAGCUUUAGGGUCCUCCCUACCGAAAACCCGGCCCCCAUCCAGGGCCCCACCUCUGCAUUGGUUCCAGCCAAUCAGCAGGGUCCGGCCGGCGAGGGCGAGCAGGACGUGCUGUCGACGGCUCAGAGGAGCACACUGAAGUGGGAGAAGGAGGAGAGUCUGGGAGAGAUGGCCACUGUCGCUCCGGUGCUCUACUGCAACACCAACUUCCCCCAGCUGAAGCAGCAGUACCCAGACUGGCCCACCAGAGUGAAGCAGAUCACCAAGCUGUGGAGAAAGGCCAGUGCUCAGGACAGAGCACCCUAUGUGCAAAAAGCUAGGGACAAUCGAGCGGCUCAGCGCAUCAACAAAGUGCAGCUGUCCAACGACCCGCUCAAACGCCACCCGCCAUCACAGCAGCAGCUGCCUGCGCCGCUGGGACCCUUUGACACUGUUUCCAUGGAAAUGGAGAUGCCAUUCAAGGACCCGCUGAGGCCCAAAGAGUCGGAGCAGGAGCAGGAGUGGAAGUUCAGACAGGGAGGGGUUAAAGACAGAGGGGGAGCCAGUAAGAAGAGGCAGGAAAUCCCCCCCCAAAGCAAAAAAUCUCCAACAGAUACAGAUUGUCCCUGCCAGGCAUCCGUAGCAGCUCCGCAAAUGCGUCAGAAGAGCAAGCAGCUCGCCAAGAUGGAGGCCACCCAGAAGCUGGAGCAGGUGAAGAACGAGCAGCGGCAGCAGCAGCAGCUCCUGGCCAGCCAGCGCCUCUCGGGCCCCCAGUCGCCUGAAACCGGCAGCUACAGCCCCGUGCCCCCAGGAGGAAGCGCCUCCCCUCAGCUCCACCCAGGUCUCAGGGAGGGUCAGCCCAGGCAGCACCUCCUGCAGGGAAGUUCUGGACCGGCGGACGACGUCUUCCUCCGGCCUCAAGCACCACCCCCUUCUGGCUUUUCCUCGCUCCCUCAAUCCCCACAUCCCACCUCUCCCCUUUACCAGCCACCAUCUUCCCCCCAGAUGUUCUCUCCCCCCUCCUCCCGCCCUUCCUCACCCUGGGAUCCCUACAAUAAGGUUAUAGGCACUCCUCGGCCCUCCUCUUCCCAGCCUGGAGGCCCCGCAGCCUCCCAGCAGCAGCAUCACAGCUCCCUUAGCACCUCCCCAGCCCAUGAUGUCGUAGGCUCUCCUGCUCCAUCCCCCGACUCCAAAACACCUGACGUCUCCAGAAGCCUCGGGCCACAACCAGGUAACCCCACCCCCGACCCUUCAGUCAGACAUGCCGGCAUCCGAGUGGCUGAAGUCUACCAGAGGACGAACGUGCGAGUCCCUGCGCCCGAAUCAUGCAGUCGUCAACUGGUCCAGGGUGUUGUGUUUAAGGCCCCCAUGCCCCCUCAGCAGGAGGCAUUUGGUGGAGGAGGGAGGAGGGACCUGUCCAGGCUUACAGACCCAGGUUUUGCCCCCCCUCCAUCACAGGAGCCUCCCUUCCCCUCCAGUCCACUGUCAGGUCUGGGCUCCCCCCACCGCAGCCCCUACGCCCAAGCGCCAGGCACGCCCAGACCAGAUUACGCUCAGCAGAUCUCUGACCCCUUCACCCAGCAGUCACCCAGGACCUCCCGGCCCUCUCCGGAUCCCUACACCAACCCUCAGACCCCUGGCACGCCGCGCCCCCACUCUGACCCCACAUACCUCACCACACCCCCUGCACUGAGACCGGACCAGUACAACCAGCAGUCCAUGAGCUGCCGUCCCUCCCCCUCUCACCCAACCCUCGAUCCCUACGCCUCCAACCCGGGCACACCCCGUCCAGCUGUCACUGACCGCUUCCCCCGAUCACCAGGAAGUCAGCGGACCGGCGACCCCUACGCACAGCCCACAGGUACACCGCGACCCUCGCUGGAUCCCUACGCCCAGCAGCCCUCUACACCGCGACCCCAGAAGGCCCACGAGCCAUUCAGCCAAACCCCAGUCGAGAGCUUAGCUGCGCAGCCUGCAGCUUCCGUUUCAUCCCCUCUGGCUCCAGGAGACCCAGGGACCUUCACCCCAACGCCCCACCAGUUACAGCAGUCACCAGGAAGACAGCAACAGCAGGACUCAUUUCCCAGAACCCCCAGCAGCCACACCUCAAAGCACCCUGGGAUGUCAGAAGAGAGCGGCUUCUCUGCUUUGGCCAGUCACACUCCAGGUCAUGAUCCAUUUGAGCAGGGUCACAUGACACCAGGCCUAUCACAAACUGACAAGAUGGCAACCACUGAAAUAUCUCCUUUAGACGGGCCAAUGAGCGUGAUGCCUCAGCUUGGUGACUCAGGGGAGAAGCUGAGACAGCGUCAGCGGCUUCGGGAGCUCAUCCUGAGGCAGCAACAGCAGAAGAGCACGUUACGGCAGGAGAAGGGUCUGCAGGAACCGGCUCCUGGACUUGCUGCACCCCCCGCUGCUCCAACAGGAUCCUCCGCUGGUUCUAACAGCUGGUCCCAGGAAGACUCCUCCAGCUCCAACUCCACCACUUCUCCUGUCCAGACAGACCCAUUUGGGCGCCCUCCGCCCCCGUAUCCUGGUACAAUACGGUCUGCCGGGGCUCCAGCCCUGAGGUUCCCUGGAGUGUUCCCAAGAGAGCAGCAGAGGGGUUUCGCGCCCAUCGAGGCUUCUUUCCCCAGACAGAGCCUCCCCAGAGAGCUGGGUGUCCGAGGACCAGGAUUGAGGUUUGGAGCUCCAGCUGGCCUCCAUGAGACUUUCCUGCGUGCACCCCUAGGAUCAACGCCUGCCUCUGGGCUCGGUGCUGUGGAGGUUCCCGUUCAGAUGAGGAGGCCAGUGCCCGGGGACUUCACCGCCAUCCGUCCCCACGGGACUCCAAACCCUCACCCGCACAUGAUGCAAGGUGUCCCCCAGCCCUUCCUCCCUCGCUCCCUCUCUAUCCAGCAGCACAGCAUCAUGGGACAGCCCUACAUUGAGCUUCGACAUCGCACUCCAGAGAACCGCCUGAGGCUGCCCUUCUCUCUUCCUUCAGCCACGGAACCCGAGGCCCCUCUCCUGCACCCCAGAGACCCCCACCCACCUGCCAUCAGAUCUGGUCCUGGGACCAGGAUGGGUGAGACGCUGAUGGCUCAGCAGAUGAUCACAGCGGGUGCCGUGGAGCAGCUGAACCAGCAGGGUCCUCAGCAGCAGCACCUUGGCCACACAGCGGCUCUGACUCAGCCCGGCGAGCCGGCACUCUCGGGAGCCGAUGGAAUCGAGGAGCACCUGGAAGGGGAGGACUCGGCUGUGAAGGACCUGGAGGAUGUAGAAGUGAAGGAUCUGGUUGAUCUGAACCUAAACCUCGACCCUGAAGAUGGUAAAGAAGACCUGGACCUGGGUCCCAAUGACCUCCAUCUCGAUGACUUCCUGCUGUCGGGGAAGUUUGACCUGAUCGCCUAUGCCGACCCUGAGCUCAACCUGGAGGACAAGAAGGACAUGUUCAACGAGGAGCUGGAUCUGGGAGAACCAGCAGAGGAGAAGGAGAGCGGAGAGAGGAAGGAUGGAGUUGGUGGUUCUAGAAAGACUGACAGCAGCUCCCACCUGGUCGGACAGAUCAAACAGGAAGUGAGGGACGACAGCAAGACAGAGGUGGCUCCACCUGGGGUCAUCGCCACCAGCAAACCCCUGGGAGCUCUAGGACUUGAGGUUUCCUCUGUCCAUCACAUCAAGGAAAAGCUGGAGGACUCUGGUUCUGUUUCAGGGCCCUUGUCAUCCCUCCAGCCCCAGGAGCAGGUACCAUCCAUGGGCAUGGUAUCCAGAGUUCAGCCCCCUGUGACCACAGGACAACAGCCUGUCUUCCAGCAGCAGCAGAGGCCUUUUGGGCCCCCCUCAUCCUCGCCUCAACUCACCCCUCACCCUCAGGCUGUCUCAGUGUCUCCUCACACCAGUCUGCCUGCUCAGGACCCGCAAGGCCCGCCUCACCCGCUGCCUCUCCAGCCUCCUCACCUCCUCACCACUCAGACCCAAUCUCCACAUAUGGGGACCUCCACGCAGAGCCAGACCCAGGGUACCUUUGCUCAGACCCAGGUCCAGAACCAAAAUAAACAAAGGCCUCUGCUUCUGGAGGAGCAGCCGCUUCUUCUGCAGGACCUCCUGGACCAAGAGCGCCAGGAGCAGCAGCAACAGAAACAGAUGCAGGCCCUGAUCAGACAACGCUCCACCACAGACUCUGCGUUCCCUGGUGUGGACUUUGACUCCAUUACCGACCCCAUUAUGAAGGCAAAGAUGGUGGCUUUGAAAGGCAUAAACAAAGUGAUGUCUCAGGGAAACCUGGGUCUGAAUCCCAUGGUCAUCAACAGGUUCCAGCAGCCUCCAGGAGCCCCGGGUCCUGAGGUCCCCCCUCAGCCUCCACACCUGGUAGGACAGGAGGGGAAGGUGAACCCUCAGCUGGUGCGACCCACCCCCCCAAGCUUUGGCCCCGGGUUCAGCAAUGAGCCCAAGCGGCCGCAGUACGAGGACUGGCUCGGAGAGACACAGCAGCUCCUGCAGAUGCAGCAGCGCCUCCUGGAGGAUCAGAUCGCUGCCCACCGCAAGACCAAGAAGGCUCUGUCAGCCAAACAGAGAACUGCCAAGAAGGCGGGCCGUGUCUUCGCAGAGGAGGACGCCGCCCAGCUACGCUACAUCAGCGAGCAGCAGGGAGUGGUCCAGAAACAGCUAGAGCAGAUCCGGAAGCAGCAGAAGGACCAUGCAGAGCUCAUCGAGGACUACCGGACAAAACAUCCUCAGAGGGGUCUACAGCAGCAACCGGCACCCUCCCUCCCUCAGAAGCUGCUCUCACAGCCCAUCGUGCCCCUGCAACCCCACCCGGGCGGCCCCGCACCGGCCCAUCUCCCAAACGUACCUCCCGCCUGGACUCCAGGGGGUGGGGCUCCAGGGGUGAUGGGGCAGAGGAUGCCGCCUCAUCUACCCCUUCAACUCCCUGCCGGCCUACCCAACACCCCCCAAGUACCCCCACACACUCAGGCGCCCUCUGCCAUGGUGCCGGGCCUUGCAGCUCAGACGGCAGGCUUUACUGCCGCCUCCCGGGGCCCCGCUGGAGGUCCCAAUGGAGCCACAGUGGACGGAGCUGGCCCCGCCCCUCAGGUCAAGUUUGACGACAACAACCCGUUCAGCGAGGGUUUCCAGGAGAGGGAGAGGAGGGAGAGGCUGAGGGAGCAGCAGGAGAGGCAGCGGGUUCAGCUCAUGCAGGAGGUGGAGCGUCACCGUGUCCUGCAGCAGAGACUGGAGCUGGAGCAGCAGAGCCUCCUGGGGGCCUCCGUGCCUCCUGCCGCAACUAAGUUGGGCCCUCAGGUGGGACCGACAGCAGGGCCGGGUCCUGCCCCCGGAGUGGACGGUCUGUCUCAGAUGCCCUUUUUCAGCGCCGAGCUGCCCCAGGACUUCCUCCAGUCUCCCCAGACCUCCAGGCCUCGACCUCAGCACCAGAGCCAGGUGGAAGCGCCCUUUCCCCUGCAGGCGGGCCUCCGCCAGGGCUUCACAGCAAGGCUUCUGCUCCCUGGAGCGUCCCCUGUUCCAACAGGUGAACCCCCCAUGAACGUGGCUCCUUCCAGCCUCCUGACCAGGCCGAGGCUCCCCGGCCUCACAGGACCCUCAGCCCCGGGGCAGGCACACCCAGCUGGGGUAGGAGCAGCAGGAAUGCCCUCCUCCCAUCCAGCAGGGCAGGGACAUCUAUUCGGACACGACUCCUCCUCUUCCUCCCCCUCCACCCCUCUGGCCACUUCCUUCCCCUGCUCCUCCUCUGGUGGCCCCGCCUCCCUCAUCCAGCUGUAUUCUGACGUCAUCCCGGAUGAUAAACCGAAUAAGAAGAGGAGUAGGAAGAAGGACGGGGAGGAAGCCACAGGAGGAGGGGGGGCCAGGACGCCACUGUCCUCGCAAUCUGAUGACCUCACUGCCCCUCCCACCCCUGCUGUCUCUGACACGGCGUGCUCCACACCCACCUUUGGCAGCAUGGACCAAUCAGAGCUGUCUUUCCCUCAGAGCUCCUCCCUCUCUGGUCUGGCCCCAUCAUCAGAGCUGGAGAGGCAGCUGUCCAUCAUCUCUGCAGCCCAGCAGAGAGCCGGGCUGGGCUCAGAGUGCCAGAGAGGGCCCCUGUCUGCAGCUCGGCUGGAGGUCAAGGAGGAGCGUGAGGAGGGCAGAGCCUGUGGAGCUGGUGUGGUGAAGAUGGAGGAGGGCGGGGCUGAGCCAUUCUCCCCCACCUCUCCUCAUCAGGGAGGCGACGCAGGGAAGGAGCUGCUCAGACACCUGCUAAGGGACAAGACCUCCCCUGCCAAUACACCAUUGCCCAUCACUCAAGCUCCGCCCAUCGCCCGACGACAGCUGUCCAGCGAUGGCUGUCGAUCUGAAGAGGAAGAUGUGCCUGGUUCCCAUGGCAACAUGGUGGCGACGGACGGUCCCGCCUCAGAGCUGCUGGACACCUUCGGCAGGAAGAAGACGCAACGCUGCAAGAGAUCCGCCCGGCCCGACAAAGACCGAGCUCCUCCCAAGUACAAAAGGAAGAAGAAGGAGGAGGAGGAGAAGGCACUCCAAUCCCGCUCCACCUCUCCCUCCUCUGACCCGGUGGUGACACACCUCAGACAGCUGGCAGUGCUGCCCCUCAUGGAGCCGGUCCUAGGGGUGGAUCUCGGUCUGUUCCCCCCCUUCGGCAGCUCCUCUCUGGGCCGAGACUCCAGGCUGAGCGGAUCCUUCGGCAAUGCCUGCCUGGAUGGAGUCACUGACUACUACUCCCAGCUCAUAUACAAGCAGAACAACCUCAGUAACCCCCCCACGCCUCCGGCCUCCCUGCCCCCGACGCCGCCUCCUGUUGCCAGGCAGAAACUGGUGAACGGCUUCGCCACGACGGAGGAGCUGACCAGGAAGGAGCUUGGCGAGCAGGACGUGAAAGGUGUGUCGGUUCUGAAGCUGAAAGGGGAGGAGCUUCUCAGUUUAAACCAUCCCUCCAAAACAGUAGAUGUGCCUGCCUCCCUCCCAACCCCACCCCACAACAACCAGGAGGAGCUCAGGGUCCAGGACUCGUCAGAGCGAGAUGAACCUGACAGCUACGUUCCAUCGUCGUCCCCGGAGAGCGUGGCGGACAUAGAGGUCAGCCGGUACCCCGACCUGUCCUUCAUCAAGCUGGAGCCUCCCUCACCCUGCCCGUCGCCUACACUACCCAUGAUCCCCUGUGCUUGGGGGAAAGGCUCUGCAGUCAAACAGGAAGUGAAGACGGAGAUAAACCAUCAGGGACUUCCUUCCUGCUCGAACACAGACCUGGUUACCAUAGCAAUAACCCUGAACCCCACUGCAGCCCAGAACGUUCCAGGAGUGAUGGCGGCGGUGGCGGAGCUGCUGCAGGUUCCCGUCCCUGUGAACUACCAGCUGAGCCGAGCAUCCGGUCCCGAGCAGAGCUCUCUGGCCCUGCUGGCGAGCGUGCAGGUGCCGCUGACGCAGGGUUCAACCACCACAAAACAGAGAGCUGCCGCCACAGGAAACACAGGUGUCAGAAUGGACUUCAGCCAGCAGGGCGGCGCUGCCACCACCAGGCCUCAGUGCUGCAGCUACUGCAAGGUGUUGCUGGGAAACGGAGUCCGCAUUGUCAGGGAGCUCAAACAGGAGGGUCAGUCCGGACCCGGCUCCAGCCUGCUCUUCUGCAGCCCCAACUGCUCCACCCUCUACACCAGCGACCUCCAGACCAGGUCUGCAGGCACCAAGUCUGCAGUCCCUGUCCUGCUCUCGGGCUCCGAGUGCCCCCCUUCCACCAGGGUGCAGCACCAGUACACCAACAACAUGUCCUCCAUUGCCGUCCACUCCCUCCCCCGUGCUCCCUCCUCACCUCCCCCGACAUCCUCCUCCUCCCCACCUCUCUUCUUCCCAUCUGCCUCUGCCAUUACCAUGGAGACCAGGCCUCGCAUGGACAGCCUCAAGGUGAAGGUAAAGUUGAAGCCCCGCCCCCGGGCGGUCCCAGGUGGGGAGGACUCACUGUCAUCGCGCCACGGAAAGAGGAUGAAGAGUUCCCGCUGGCGACGCUGGAGUGUUAACAUCACACUGAGCAGGGGUACUUGCAUCUCUAAUGAGGCGGUUGCCUUGCCAACAGAGGAGGAAGUGGAUGAGCUGUUGAAGAACCUGGGGGCGUGUCUUCGUCCAGACACGUUACCCAGAGACCAGCGGAGGUGCUGCUUCUGUCACCAGCAGGGCGAUGGCCAGACAGACGGACCAGCCAGGCUCCUGAACCUGGACCUGGAUCUGUGGGUGCACCUUAACUGCGCCCUGUGGUCCAGCGAGGUGUACGAGACUCAGGCGGGCGCGCUCAUCAACGUGGAGCUGGCUUUGAGGCGAGGACUGACUGUACGCUGUGCUCACUGCCAGCAGACCGGCGCCACGAGCGGCUGCAACCGCCUCCGCUGCACCAACACCUACCACUUCACCUGUGCCCUGCAGGCCCAGUGCACCUUCUUCAAGGAUAAAACCAUGCUCUGCCACCUCCAUAAACCCAGGAUGGUUCCUCUCAGCGGGGACAGGUCCUGUGGCGGCUCACCCUCCUCCACUCCUGGCUCCGCCCCUGACCCGGCGGCUGUGGCGGCCUCUGACCCGUACGACUCAGAGCUGCGGUGCUUCGCGGUGUUUCGCCGAGUGUUCGUGCAGCGGGACGAGGCGCGCCAGAUCGCAGCCGUGGUGCAGCGCGGCGAGAGGCAGCACACCUUCAGGGUCGGCAACCUGCUGUUCCGCGCCGUCGGCAGGCUCCUCCCACAGCAGAUGAGAACCUUCCACAACGAGACGGCCAUCUUCCCUGUCGGUUACCAUGCCAACCGUAUCUACUGGAGCAUGCGCCACAGCAACAGACGCUGUAAGUACAUGUGCUACAUCGAGGAGGAGGAGGGGCAGCCGCUGUUCAAGGUAAAGGUGGUGGAGAAAGGACACGAUGACCUCAUUCUGACCGGACCCACACCCAAAGCUGUGUGGGAUCAGAUCCUGGAUCCCGUCUCCCAGAUGAGGACCUCCAGUGGGACUCUGAAGCUGUUCCCAGUUUACCUGAAAGGAGAAGAUCUGUUUGGUCUGACCACGUCUGCGGUGACCCGGAUCAUCGAGUCUUUACCUGGCGUGGAGGCCUGUGAGCGUUACACCUUUCGUUACGGCAGGAACCCCCUCAUGGAGUGGCCUCUGGCCUUUAACCCGUCAGGCUCCGCCCGCUCCGAACCCAAAGCCUGUCAGGCCAAAAGACCCUACCUGCUGACCAGCAUCGCUCCCAGGUGUCAGGGCUCGGUGGGCUCCAUCGUGGGCCUCGUCCCCGGCGUCAUCUCUCUGUCUCCGGGCGAGUCCGUGGCCGGCGCUCACCAGGGACGCCACUCCAAGUCCUCGCAGUACCGCCGCAUGAAGGCUGAGUGGAAGAGCAACGUGUACCUGGCACGCUCCCGCAUCCAGGGUCUCGGUCUGUACGCUGCCAGAGACAUCGAGAAGUGCACCAUGGUCAUCGAGUACAUCGGCACCAUCAUCAGGAGUGAAGUAGCCAAUCGCAAGGAGAGGCUGUACGAGUCACAGAAUCGCGGCGUGUACAUGUUCCGGAUCGAUAACGACUACGUGAUCGACGCCACCAUCACCGGAGGACCCGCCAGGUACAUCAACCACUCAUGUGCUCCCAACUGCAUCACUGAGGUGGUGACUGUGGAGAAGGAGAACAAGAUCAUCAUCAGCUCCUGCAGACGCAUCCAGAGAGGAGAAGAGCUGUGCUACGACUACAAGUUUGACCUGGAGGACGAUCAGCAUAAGAUCCCGUGUCACUGCGGAGCCGUCAACUGCCGCAAAUGGAUGAACUGAGCACACGAGAACGCACACACACACAUACACACACACACACACACACACACACAGGCAGCUCGCUCUCUGUUAGUCGCCUCCCCUGUGGGCGGAGCUUAACUUCAUAUCAACACAGUGAUAAUAAUGAAAGUUGAUUGCUUUAAUCACAGAGGUAAUGAUAAUAAUAUUGAUGAUGGGGAUAACAGGUCAGGGUGGGGGUUAUAUAUGCGUGUGGGUGGGGUCAGAAGCUUGUGUCUGAGGGCGUGGCUGUGUCAGAGAGUGGGCGGGGCUUAAAGAGGCUGGUCCUCUGUGUAUAUUGUGUGUAAAAAUGAGCACAGAUGUAAAUGUGAGAUCAGAGAAUGUGUCGUCUUUAACUUGCACUAAAACACAAAAACAACAAAAAUACAGACUUUAUUCCCCGGCCCCGCUCACCCCACUCCGGCCCCGCCCACUUCCAUUUGUUAAUUUCCUGUAAAAUAAGAGUUUUUUUGUAUUUAUUACUCAAUGAAGCUAUUUUCUAAACGUGCGGUGCGUUCGAGGUCCGGCAUUGUGUAAAUACGUGUACCAUAGAUGAGAGAAUCGCACACAGAGUUUAAGAAGCCCUCCACCAUCCUCGCCGCCGCCGAUCAGCUGCAGCGUUUCAAGUACAAUUUGUGUUGCCCACCCGGUGCCACGUCCCUAUUGGACGGACUGUGAAGCGAGUCGGGCAGGCGUCACCGCAGCCUUCAGGCGCAGAGUCCCCCUGCCGUGUACAUAGGAGACUUUGCUGAAGUGUACAGAGACGUCAACAAAGCCUUUUUUAUUAUUACUGGACGUAACCGUGACGAUGAAGAUGUUUGUUUUUGGGAAAUAUGGUGACUCUGAUUUAGAAUCAUUUACAGAAAAUAAAAUAUUUUACAUGUUG